CUGUUUUUUUUUUUUUGGUGGGGAAAAAGGAGAGUUGGGUAUAUGAGGUGAAGGCAGCAGAAGGAGUGGUGUGACUUGGAUCAUCGGUCCUUUCUUUCUUUUUUCCCUCCUUCCUCUGCUUUCCCUCCUCUCUCUUUUUGAUUCUUUUUUUUUUUGUCGAGUUUCUGGAGGGGGUCUCGUCCGGCGUGCGAUGGAUCACACACUCUUCGGCUGUCUGCGCAGCCCCCAUGCGUCUGCGCAGGCCCUGCACCCUGCCUUCGCGCAGUCCUCGCUGGCGCUGCACGGGCGCUCGGACCACGUCUCCUACCCCGACCUGCCGGGCUCCUCGUCCUCCUGCAUCGUGGCGGGUUACCCGGGCGAUGAGGGUCUGUUUGGCGGGCAGCACCACCGGGGACACCCGGGGCAGCAGCAGCAUCACCCGCCGCAGCACCAGCCCAGCUGGCACAUUCCCCCGAUGCCCUCUCCUUCGCCCGCCAACGCCCGCCACAGCCUCUGCCUCCCGCCGCCCGACACCGCCUCCCCCGAUCUGGGCCCCAGUGGCCCUAACCUGUGCGCCAGCACCCCCAGCCUGGGCGCCAGCACUCCCACUGGGGCGUCUUGUGUACCUGGGGACUUUGGGCGGCAGGCGCUGUCCCCUGCCGAGGCAGAGAAACGCAACAGCAAGCGAAAAAGUGACAGCUCAGAUUCUCAGGAUGGGAACUAUAAGUCAGAUGUGAGCAGCAAACCCAGGAAAGAGAGGACAGCAUUUACCAAGGAACAGAUUCGGGAACUUGAGGCUGAGUUUGCCCAUCACAACUAUUUGACAAGGCUGAGACGUUAUGAAAUAGCUGUGAACCUUGACCUGACAGAAAGACAGGUGAAAGUUUGGUUUCAGAACAGAAGGAUGAAGUGGAAACGUGUGAAAGGGGGGCAGCAGGGGGCAGUGGCUCGGGAGAAAGAACUCGUAAACGUAAAAAAGGGGACUCUACUGCCCUCGGAAUUCUCUGGCAUUGCAGGACUCCAUCACUCUGUAGACUCCCUGGUCAAUGAGGACAGUCAUGACAGUGAUCAGAGUUCUGAGCAUGCUCACUUAUGAUGCAUGGAAGACCACGCCCCCAUACAACAGACCCCGCCUCCUCACU